UCAUCUUUUUGUUUUUGCUUUAAAUCUUUGCUGGGAGAUGCAUAAAGUUAUGAUAUUUUGAAAUUUAUUAUCUAUAUCUCUCUACGCAGUUAAAGCAUUAUAAAUUUAAUUUCCUGUUUCAUAUUGGAGAUUUUAUUUAAGGACAUCUUUAAAAAAAUGAGCUUUUGGAUUCCAGGUCGCAAAAUGGAGACACUAUGUUCUGGAGACAAUGAUGAUAGUCGCUCUGAAUCAGCAUCAAGUACUACCCAGUCUCGAAGAUAUUAUCGAGCAACACAACACAGGGUAUUUGUGAAUCGUAGUUUACAUUUGGAAAAGAUAAAGUUCUUUGGAUUUGAUAUGGAUUACACAUUAGCACAAUAUAACAGUCCCGAAUAUGAAGCUCUCCAAUUCAGACUGAUUGUAAAUAGGUUAAUAUGUAUUGGUUAUCCAAAGGAAAUAAAGGAUUUUGAAUAUGAUUCCACAUUCCCAAUCAGAGGAUUGUGGUUCGAUACUGUCUAUGGAAACCUUCUUAAAGUAGAUGCAUAUGGAAAUAUAUUGGUUUGCUGUCAUGGGUUUCAGUUUCUAAAAACAUCCGAAAUUUACAAUCUGUACCCUAACAAGUUCAUCCAGCAUCAUGAUAAUCGUAUUUAUAUUUUGAAUACUUUGUUCAAUUUGCCUGAAGCCUAUUUGUUAGCAUGUUUGGUUGAUUAUUUUACAAAUUCUUCUGAAUACAUUCCAGGAAAAAAUGGAAUCAAGAAUGGAAACAUUUUCAUGGCUUACAGAUCAAUUUUUCAAGACGUGAGAGAUGCAGUUGAUUGGGUUCAUAUGCGAGGUACAUUAAAAGAAGAAACUGUCAAUAAUCUGGGACAGUAUGUGAAUCGAGAUGAACGCCUUCCUAUGUUAUUUCAUCGAAUGCAUGAAGUUGGGAAGAAGACAUUUCUUCUUACAAAUAGUGACUAUGCUUAUACUGAGAAAAUUAUGUCUUAUUUGUUUGAUUUCCCUUGUGAAGGCCGAAAAAGAGAUUGGAAAGAGUAUUUUGACUAUAUUUUAGUUGAUGCUAGAAAGCCUGUGUUUUUUAGUGGUGGAACAACUUUAAGACAAGUCAAUAUAGAAACUGGUGCUCUAAGAAUCGGCAUACAUGUAGGGCCUUUAGCUCCUGGGCAAGUGUAUUCUGGUGGUAGCUCAGAUGUGUUCACAACGUUGAUUGGAGCUAGUGGUAAAGAUGUACUUUAUGUUGGUGACCAUAUCUAUGGUGAUAUUUUAAAAUCAAAGAAAACACGAGGAUGGCGAACAUUUUUAGUUGUUCCUGAAUUGCAGCGAGAAGUCCAUGUAUGGACAAAGAAAUGCGAUUUGUUCCAUCGAUUGCAGGACUUGGAUAUUCAGCUAGGAGAUACUUAUAAGGAAAUGGACAGUAGCUGUAAAGAAAUUCCUGACAUUAGUGAGUUACGAACCGCAAUAAGGGAAGUGUCACAUGAGCUUGACAUGUCUUAUGGCAUCUUAGGUAGCACUUUUAGAAGCGGUUCUAGGCAGACAUUUUUUGCUAAUCAAAUAUGCCAUUAUGCAGAUAUCUAUGCUUGUACAUUUUUGAAUUUGAUGUACUAUCCAUUUAGUUACAUGUUCAGAGCUCCACCUAUGUUGAUGCCUCAUGAAUCAACUGUUGAGCAUGAAGAAAAGUCUUUUGUAUCGAAUGGAGAAGUUGAAGAAAUUGAGGAGGAAAGUCAAGAACCUAUUAGAAGACGCUCAAGACUUGAAAACAGUGAAAGCUCCGUGCCGCAUUUAUUUGCGGAAACUCCUAAUGUUGUUACUCAUCAUCAUGAUACUGAUGAUGAUGAUGAAGAUACAGAUAAAUCGGCUGAAAAUUGAAAUAUUAGCACCUCUUGAAUUUCAUAGUUUUUUUGUUUGAACUGCAUUUAUUAAUUAAAACUAUUUUUGGGUACUAUAAGUGUAUCUUUGCUGUUCAAAUUAACUUACAUUUAGCGUCAGUAUAAUCUAUCUUUCAUAAAAUUAAACUGUUAAAUUUUUGAUAUAGAAAAACAUGAAAGUACUGUUGUAUUAAGUUUAUUUUUAUACAUCUAAUAACUGCUGUUAUUGAUUACAUUAUAAACUUUUUCCAUUUAUAUUUCUUUUUCUUUUCACAUUGUCUUUGCUGUUUAUAUGGAAGCUUGUACGAAACUUGAACGAGCAAUCCAUUUUCAAUUAGUUUAUACAUUUUAUUUAAUCUCUUUGAUGUCUCUUUUAUGUAUUUUGAAGGAUAUCUUUUAAGGUGCUGUUUAUUGCGAAAAAAUGUCAUUUCAUUCUAUGCACAUCUUUAUAUUUUAAAAUGUGAACAGGAUUUAUGAAUUUAAAUACUUCUUGUGCUUGUAUAACUCUCAUCAAAUAUUUUUUUAACACCGCAUUGUUAACUUAAUAAGCAUUAAAUAAAGCAUCUAUUGCUUUAAAAAAUGUUUUUGCUUUUUAUUAAGAUCUUUAAUCUUCAUUUUGUUUGGUUUCGAAUAUGAAACUUCCUUUACAGCUUCACAUAACUGGUUCUUGACAUAAUCCAAAAAUUUACAUGUUAGUUUGUUAACUUUUUCUCGUUUUAGCUCAACAAUCGUUUUAACAUUUUCAAUUAUUGUAAGAACAGAUUUAAGUCUGGCAGAUGCAAUGUGAAACAUAUCAAUGAUUUAUUAAGCAGCUAUUUUAUCUUUUGUUUUGGAAAUAUAGGUCCUUCAAGGUAAUUUUAAAUCUUAAAAUGCUUUCUGCAGCUCAUGCAUUUCCCAAUAUUUACAUAUAUUUUUUUCUUUAUUUUAAUGAUAAGAUUUUUAUUUCAAUUACAAUAUAUUUCAUUUAACUCAAUAACAUACUACGUUUUUUAUGAGGUGAAAGCAGCAUUUGUCAGAUUUCUGAAUUCUUUGAUUGUUAUGUUUGCUGAAAAUAUGAAAUUCAUUCAUUAGGCAAACCGAGUGAAGAAAGAUUACAUUGAUUUGCCAACUUUCUGGUUCUCAUACUGGUUAUGUGAAACUGAUUGGAAAAAAUGCAGAAUGUUAUUUUGGUGAAAAAAUUGUUAAAUGAAUUACUGAGCGGAUGAUAGAAUAUGUUUUGAAAUUGUCAUAUUUAUUUCUCUCUCUCCAGAACAUUUUAUGAAGUUAAAAUAUACAUGAGUUGUAUUCAAAGAACCUUCUUAAAGAACGAAAAACGGAUUUAAGUAGACUGUGAGGUCUAAAACAAUAGAAAAAUAAUAAGAUGUAUUAAACUGAAGAACAUAUACUUAAAACUAUGCCAGAUUUGAACAUUCAAGUUUUGUCAAAAUAUUUCGUUUCUUCGGUUUUCUAUAAUUUUUACAGUUUUUUAUAAUGUAACAGAUGUAAUUUCGCAAUGUAACAAUGAAUUUUCUAGGAGUUGAAGCCAGCAGAUAAGCAAUUUAUACAUGCGUUUUCUGAUAUCGGCUUAAACUGAAUGAAAACAGAAUUUUCACUCAGAAAAUAUUUUCGCUGUUCUAUUCUAAAAUUUCCAUUCCACUUAUAUAAGUUAAUUUUUUUUUUUUCACUUUCUAAAAAUGGAAUUUCUUUUUGUUUAUAAGAGUUUAUUUAUUUUACUAUUUUAUUAUUUAUUGUCUGUAUUAAAUAAGUUAUGUAUAUUAAGUAGAUUAUUAUUUAGCACGUUCAAUAUUCUGUCAAAAAUGCAAUUAAUUUUGACCAUUAAUUUUAUUGUUGUUGAUAUUUGAUGCAUUCUAAAAUUGUUUGUCAAAGAAAUAAACUAUCAGCAAAUAAAUUUGAAAAAUGAGCUAGGAUUUUUUUUUUUUUUUCCAAUUUGCAACAUCUUUUUAGUUGCUUGAUUGGUAUUUAUAAUAAAUGCAAGAAGUCCUAAUCUUUUAUUUCUUUAUCUUCAGCACAACGAAUGUUAAUGGUACGAUGCAUAAACACAAAUAUAUUUAUGCAAAUGUUAUAGGCUGAUCAAUAAAUAAAUCUUGGUGGUUGA